AUCAGAUUCUCCUCACACCUCCCACGCCAGCACCAUACAUUGGAGCGGUACAGCGGCGAGGCAGCCUCCUGAAUGCUGCCUUGUGCCUUUCCUCAAGAUGAUAGCUGCCCUCCACCAUUUUUUAUUACUUGAUCCAUUUAGGUGUCUGCCAACAAUUUGAGCCUAUCGCGCAUCUAUCUUCAGGAUGCCCAUGUUGACGCCAACGCGGAUCGUCCUCAUCGCUGUAUCGAUUUUCGGCUUUAUUUCCUUCUGGUUUUCGGCAUCAAAAGAUCUGGGUCAACCUGUAAUUCCAGUUGCAGGAUAUGGAGGGAAGCAUGCGCCAUCUGAGCACGCUGAGAAGCCCCUUACAAGGCCUGUUGCUGCGGAUGCAUCGGAUAUCGUAACUAGCGUCCUCGACCUCAUAGAAGGGACUCCGAUAUCUUCAUCUAUAUCGACAAGUACGCGUACAACCAGCGACGAACCGAUACGGAGUUCUACGGUCUCCGAGACGACGCAAACCUCGACUUCAUACCUGCACGAUGAGGAAGACAAGACCAAUGCGACUGCUGCAAGGACGACGGUGCCGCCGUACCCAACAGCAAUCAAUGCUACCAGUCAAGCGAAUCGGAAUACCUCCAUUCCAGUUAUAACCUGCAAGAGUAUUCCUGGCGCGUCGGAUGUCAUGGUCAUCGUCAAGACAACUAAACAGGAGAGUCUUUCUACGCAACUAGAUACCCUUCUAUCCUGCGUCCCCAACUUCGCGAUAUUCAGCGACCACGCCGGCAUGGUUAGAAAUUAUACUAUACACGAUGCCCUUACUAGAGUCACGAACACACGCAAAUCCAAGCAUGACGAGUUCAAAGACUACGAGAAGCUGCGGAAACAGCCUGACGCAAAAGUGGGAUCUCUAAAAAGGCUGGAUAAAUGGAAGAUGUUGCCCAUGGUUUACGAGGCAUAUAAAAUGAAGCCCCACAUGCGCUUCUACCUCUUUAUCGAGCCAAACACAAUUGUCAGCUGGACGAAUCUCUUACAAUGGACAGCCCGACUUGACUCCCGUAUACCCUACUACAUAGGCGCACCCCUCCAAGUCGGCAGUCUGAAAUUCGUUCAAACCGGAUCGGGAAUCCUCCUCUCGAAUGCGGCUAUGCAGCGCUUCGCAAAAGCCUAUGAUGAACGGUAUGAAUCGGCAUGGGAAGAAAAGGUCGAGCGCGGAUGUUGCGGCGAUGUUGCCCUUGGGUCAGCAAUGGAAGAUGCACAUGUGGAGUUGUAUAACGCGUUCCCGACCAUGUACUCAGAUAAGCCAUCCUCGUUUGAAUGGUCACAGAAGCAUUGGUGCAUUCCUAUCGUGACUUGGCAGAAUGUAUCACGAGGGGUUAUCGAAGAAGCAUGGGAAGUCGAGAAGAACUGGACAAGCAAGAACGGGUGGAAAGAACCGUAUCUUAUGCGCGAUGCCUUCGCCGCACUGGUGCAGUCUCAUCUGCUCGAGCGGAGCGAUGAUUGGGAUAACUUGAGCCAUGACACGAAAAUCGUAAGGCCGCUGCUUGAGGGUCUUGGCGAGGAGGAUAUCCAAGAAUGGCAUCAAAUCGACGAGGAUCUCAGACAGGCGGUCGAGAGUUGGCAAGCAUGCCAAAAGGUGUGCGAAGCUGUGCAAGACUGUCAUCAAUGGAGAUAUAGCAAACGAGGGGAGGGCGAAUGUCAUCUUGGAAAAACCAUCAGGUUAGGGGUCCAGGCGCCGAAAGUGCAAGGUGAAGAAGGGUGGACGAGUGGGUGGGUUUUGGACCGGAUACGGAAUUCGACCAAAGAGUGGGAGUGUAACGAGGUGAAGUGGCCUUUUCAAAAGUGAGGCAUGGCCAUCUUGGAUAAUUCCGUUUAGUCGUUUUGGGCUAUGUAGGGCGCUAUUAAGAGGAUUGGAACACCAGACGGAUGUAUACCAUGUAAUACUAUAUUCAUUGACGACAACCCGCAGAAGCGCCGUGCGUGUAAUCAUUGGAG